AUGGAGCCGCCCGAGGACAUGGCGUCGCUGAGCGAGUUCGACUCCUUGGCGGGCAGCAUCCCGGCCACCAAGGUGGAGAUCACCGUGUCCUGCAGGAGCCUCUUGGACAAAGACAUGUUUUCCAAGUCUGACCCACUGUGCGUCAUGUAUACUCAAGGGAUGGAGAACAAGCAGUGGCGGGAGUUUGGCCGCACCGAAGUCAUCGACAACACGCUCAACCCUGACUUUGUACGCAAGUUCGUCGUGGAUUACUUCUUCGAGGAGAAGCAGAACCUCCGCUUCGAUCUAUACGACGUUGACUCCAAGAGCCCCGACUUAUCCAAACACGAUUUCCUGGGCCAGGCCUUCUGCACCCUCGGAGAGAUUGUGGGGUCCCCGGGGAGCCGCCUGGAGAAGCCCCUCACGAUAGGCGCAUUCAGCCUGAAUGCCAGGACGGGCAAGCCCAUGCCAGCCGUGUCCAACGGAAGUGGUCUAUGGAUGGAAAGUUUGAGAACCCCUGGUCCCGAAGCCUCCGGUGGUGUCCCAGGGAAGAAGUGUGGCACCAUCAUCCUGUCCGCCGAGGAGCUCAGCAACUGUAGGGACGUGGCCACCAUGCAGUUCUGUGCCAACAAGCUGGACAAGAAAGACUUCUUCGGGAAAUCCGACCCCUUCCUGGUCUUCUACCGAAGCAACGAAGACGGCACGUUCACCAUCUGCCACAAGACGGAGGUCAUGAAGAACACCCUGAACCCGGUGUGGCAGACCUUCUCCAUCCCCGUGAGAGCCCUCUGCAAUGGGGACUACGACCGGACCAUCAAGGUGGAGGUGUAUGACUGGGACCGUGAUGGCAGCCAUGACUUCAUCGGGGAGUUCACCACCAGCUACCGGGAGCUGGCCCGCGGACAGAGCCAGUUCAACAUCUACGAGGUGGUGAAUCCGAAAAAGAAAAUGAAGAAAAAGAAAUACGUGAACUCUGGCACAGUCACCCUGCUUUCCUUUGCCGUGGAGUCCGAGUGCACCUUCCUGGACUACAUCAAAGGAGGGACCCAGAUCAACUUCACCGUGGCCAUCGACUUCACUGCCUCCAAUGGAAACCCCUCGCAGUCCACGUCCCUGCACUACAUGAGCCCCUACCAGCUGAACGCCUACGCGCUGGCGCUGACGGCCGUCGGGGAGAUCAUUCAGCAUUACGACAGCGACAAGAUGUUCCCCGCCCUGGGCUUCGGGGCCAAGCUGCCCCCCGAUGGCAGGGUGUCCCACGAGUUCCCGCUGAACGGCAACCAAGAGAACCCCUCGUGCUGCGGCAUCGACGGCAUCUUGGAGGCCUACCACCGCAGCCUGCGCACGGUGCAGCUCUAUGGCCCCACCAACUUCGCUCCCGUCGUCACCCACGUGGCCAGGAACGCAGCAGCCGUGCGGGAUGGCUCCCAGUAUUCCGUGCUGCUCAUCAUCACCGAUGGCGUCAUCUCAGACAUGGCGCAGACCAAGGAGGCCAUCGUGAACGCUGCCAAGCUGCCCAUGUCCAUCAUCAUCGUCGGCGUGGGUCAGGCAGAGUUUGACGCCAUGGUGGAGCUGGACGGUGACGACGUGCGGAUCUCCUCCCGCGGGAAGCUGGCGGAGCGGGACAUUGUCCAGUUCGUGCCCUUCCGGGACUACGUGGACCGCACAGGCAACCACGUGCUGAGCAUGGCCCGCCUGGCCCGCGACGUGCUGGCCGAGAUCCCUGACCAACUGGUGUCCUACAUGAAGGCCCAGGGCAUCCGCCCUCAGCCCCCGCCCGCUGCCCCAGAGCACUCGGCCCCGCAGUCCCCGGCCCGCACGCCCCCCGCCUCCCCGAUGCACACGCACAUCUGA